UCGAAUGAUGGCGGAUCUGGCAGUUGUAUAGCAAACAAAGUCAGACGAUUCUGAAACCAGGUGAGACUCUUAAUGUUGAAACGAGUUCAGCUCGACUGGGCUCAGUUGGAGAUAUGAAAUAUGAUAUUAAACAUACUACCAUAAUCAUGUUUCUGUUCAAAAUGCAGUCGCGGUUUCCUGAUUCGUCGGAACCGAAGCUUUACUUUCGCUGAGGUUCAUCCUGUAUUAUGCCUCACCUGCUGUGUUACAUCGCUAUUAUAUAGUUUCAUCGUGACGUCACAUACAUUUGAUUUAAAUUCUGUUGUUGCAAACAAUUCGUUUGUUACACUGGGCGAAAUCUGUUCUGAUGAAUGAUGGUAAAAUGAAACUAUUUUACUAUUCAACAAAACUGAAUAGAAGAUGGAUUCACUUCCUCUUUUGACCUAUUUAUGAAAAACAAUUUAACAUGGAUAGAUAGAUAGAUAGAUAGAUAGAUAGAUAGAUAGAUAGAUGUAUUAUUAUUAUUAUUAUUAUUAUUAUUAUUAUUAAAUAAUCUUUUGUAUUGCAUAUAGCUUUGAACAUGGGCCAUCUUGACCUUUAAAUUUAGCAGUUGUCUAUAUUAUACAAAUGUCCUUAUACAGGCCGAAGUUUAAUCAGCUCAUUCAGAUCAUUGACAUUUAAUCAGCUCAUUACAAUUAUUUAACAUAUGCCUGCCAAAGAGACCACUUUUACCAUAUUUACCAUGUUAAUAUUGAACAAAAGUCUUGGACAAGCUUUACAUGUAUGUGUUUCUUUCUUUACUCCAAUGGAGAAAUGAGUGAUCCUCUCCUUAACCCAUUGACCGUCAUAUGUGCGGGAUCCUGCUUCGCCUUCUCUGGACUGUUUUAUAAACUAUACUCGGAUAAAAGACGAGAAAUAGAGAAGUUGAAGGAGAUCCCAAACUUUCAGCCUGACCAUCACCUGUUGAGGAUUCUCAAUGCAUCACCCAACAAAAGACUUCAUUAUGUUGCUGUAGAUGGUUUGGUUCAGGCCAUUGGUGAGCCCAUUUCCAGUCAGUAUGUGCCACGGUGUCGUGGUGUUAUACAGAAAAUUUCUGUGCAAGAGCACUGGAAAUAUUGGAACUCCUAUCUAAAGUCAUGGGUCUCCAAAAAAAUGAACCAGAACCAAACCACCAACAUGGUUCCCUUCAGUCUGAUCCAGCCCGGCUCAUACAUCAGUGACAUUUCCAUCCGCGUGGACUCUCCUCUGGAGGCGAGUGGCGAUUACCUCGAGCAGGUGCACAGGCGACUUCGGCAUGCUAAAGAGGGGCUGGUGGACAUUGUGGUGCAGGAGUUGAGCGGUGAGAGGCCAGUAGCUCAAGAGGAAUGUGAGGAGCUGCUGCGGGUUGGGGCGUCCCUCACAGGUUUCGGAGAACUUGUGCUGGAGCAGGACAAGGUGAUGAGGUUACAGCCACCUAAAGACGGCCGCAGCUACAUUCUGAUUCCCAGUGAUUAUAAGAGCUUCAUCCAGCGACACGAGAGCAGUGCCAUCAUGUGGAAAGGGCUGACUGCAGUGUUUGGAAUCACAGGGUUUACGCUCCUGGCUGGCUUCAUCCAUAGUGCCAUUAAUAAGGACAAGAAGAACUAGUCUGGGUCAUAUACUUCACUUAAAAUAAUAGAUUAACUGGUUUGUGUGGUUUUAACAUUUGUUGUGGCUCUUCACAUGGGAGUGUUUGAAUCCGGUGUAACUUACUUAAAUAUGAUUUGCAUUUGAAUAAUGAUAAUUCUAAUGGUGAUGUUUAUGAUUGUUGAGGAUAAAUAUGAAAUAUGCAAAAUCAUGACAAUAAUAAACAACUGUUUGCUACAGUC